UGGAAGCCGAUGCCACCCAAAAAUGACACACAUUCACUUCGGCGGACUUUUUUUUUUCCCCCCACCCUCAGUACCUCCGUCUGUUUCAUACCUCACAUUACAGGGACACAUUAGGUUUAACGCGCUGCCGGCUCUCGGAGUAGCGGACAGAUCCAGGUCAGUCUCUUCGGACUCUAGAAGAAGGGGCUCCUCUCCUCUCCUCUCCUCCCUCACCUUUUUCCACAGCGACUUCUCUCCUCCUCCUUCUCCUCCUCCACCUUUUUCCACACACGGCGGCUCCUGUCAGACUCCCAGCUCCACUGCACCAAACGGGCUCCCAGGUCGCUCCCGCUCCGCUGCAUCACGAGCAGAAACAUUUUUAAAGCGCACAGGAGCAAUUCGCCCCAAUAAUCAGAGAUGUGUCGUGCAUUGGUGCUGUCUGCCAUCAGCCUCUUUAUCCUCGUAGCCACCUCCAGCUCUCAGAAUGAAGCAGAGGUACCAGAUGAUGUAGGCCUUCUACAAGUCACCAUUUCCAAGAGUCCACCUCCCGUUGCCACCUUGGGGGGCACCCUCACACUGCCCUGCAGGGUCUCCUUGGAGAAGCCUCCAGCCUCGCUUCUCCCUACAGGCAGAAGGGCUGUUCUCUUCGAGCCACGGGUCAAGUGGAGUAUGUUGUCAUCGGGCAGGGAGAUGGAGAUCCUGGUUGCUCGGGGGGAGAGAGUGAAGGUCAGCGAGGCCUACAAGGAGCGUGCCUCUCUCCCCCUUUACGCCACCUCCCCCUAUGACCUCACCUUGCAACUGGAGGGACUCCAUCACAAUGACUCGGGGUUCUACCGAUGUGAGGUGCAGCAGGGCCUGGAGGAUGCCCAUGACCUGGUCCAAGUCAAGGUCAAAGGUGUCGUGUUCCACUACCGCCACGCCUCUGGCCGUUAUGCCUUUAGCUUUGCGGAGGCCCAGCAUGCAUGUGACACUAUCGGUGCCAGCAUGGCCACACCAGAGCAGCUCCUGGCUGCCUACCACAGCGGCUACGAGCAGUGUGAUGCUGGCUGGCUCUCCGACCAGACCGUCAGAUAUCCUAUCCAAAUGCCACGGGAUGGCUGCUAUGGUGACAUGGAUGGGUUCCCAGGAGUGAGAAACUAUGGGACCCAAGACCCAGAAGAGCUGUUUGAUGUUUACUGCUACGUGGAGAGUAUAGAUGGUGAGGUGUUCCAUGACUCGACCCCACAGCGCCUAACACUGGCAGAGGCCAGGGUCUUCUGCCAGAAUGCUGGGGCACAGCUGGCCACCACAGGUCAGCUGUAUGCAGCCUGGAACGAUGGUUUGGACCAUUGCAGCCCUGGUUGGCUGGCUGAUGGCAGCGUUCGUUACCCCAUCGUCACUCCUCGAGAACGCUGUGGGGGAACUCAGCCUGGUGUUAAGACCAUCUAUCGCUACAGCAACCAAACGGGUUUUCCCGAACCGCACACCCACCAUGAUGUCUACUGCUUCAGAGACAAUGGAAGUCCUCACACUGAUGCUCCCAUGGAUUACAUGGCCACGGAGCCCGAAGAUAUAAACCAAGACAUUGUGACCCUGAUGAACCCCAUGGAAGAAAUCAGUCUGGGCCAUGUGACAGAACAUCUAGAGAGUGAAGUUCAGGGGGUUGUGGAGUCUUUCCCAGUACAAAAUGUGUGGCAGAGUCCACUUCCAACUGCAGUAUUUCAAGGGGAGUUUCAAUCUCCAGAGAAUUCCAGUUCUUCUGGUGCCCCAUUGCCCUUUUCCCAGGAACCCCACAUUACAACUGACACCUUUGAAACCUUGAAAGAGGGAAGGACCCCCCAACAACAGCAGCCCCCUCCAUCAUUUGAUAAAACAGUCCAUGUCUCUGUAAAGCCUGGAGGUAACCCCAAGCACUACCAUCCCAUGUCUGAAACAAACCUGGAACACAGUGAACCUCUUAACAAAAACCACAGUUUCCAUGAGAGCACAGCAGGCACCACUCUUCAGGUUCCAAUGGUCACCUCUUUGAAGGUAGAGCUGAGAGGCUCUAAGCAUUUUCAGGAAACACCUGAAGCAAAUCUUCAUUCUAAUGACAUUGCUGAGACCCAUUAUGAUGCAGGAGACACGACACAUGAGAGCACACAGGACAAUUUCCUGGAAACAACCAUUCCCACAGUGACCUCUGACAUGCCUCAGGUUUAUCCCAGUCACACCAGAGAUCAUCUGGAGCACAGAACACCCACUCCUCUGUAUGGCUUGUCUGAGAGUUCCGAUACGCAUCAAGAGACCACAACUUCACCAGCCGAGCUGUCGUCUUAUUUUGACCAUUCAGGAAGAGAGAGUAGGAGGCUAGAAGAUUUGAUAGUCGGAGGAUUCAAGGAGACCAUGGCCACAUCAGUUCCAGAAGCUACAGGCACCACCACUGAGGAGAAACAGACAACUGAAACACCAGUAGAAUCAACAGUGGAGGUACUGCUCAUUUCAUCUAAUAGCUAUGGUCACUCUAAUCUGAGCCACGUUUCCAAAGACAUGACUGACCACUUGCCAACCAUGUUCACUGAAGUUGGGUCUGGAGAGGACAACCAGGAGGACGACAUCUCAGUUUCGUUGCUCACUUCAGCUUCCCCUUUCAACAUUUCUCACCAGAUAUCUAGUUUACCUGGUAAUCUGGAAACUCAUGCUCCACAAACCAGCAUUCCUUUUGAGUCUGAGCACAAGGAGGAACUGGAGGAAGGUGACCUGGACUUUACAACAGCACCACUCCAGGAGGCAACUGAAGGAAGUGUGGAACAGGAGUCUGAAAUCACUAGUGAGGAAGAUGUAGAGCCUACUACAGGACCAGGACACUUUCUGGGCAACACAACUCAUCCAGUUCAGUCUACAAAGGCACAUUCUGCUUCAGAUGAAGCAAUGACUAUCACCGAGUCUCUGUCCACAUCACCAACAUCCUCUGUCAGUACCUUUGAGGAACCCGGCGACACUAAGGAAUUAGUCCUGGAUGCAAAGCCCUCCUCCUCUUUCAAACAAGAGGAAGAGGGAGUUCACGAGCUAACCACUGAGGCAUCAUUUGUGGGGUUGUUGGUGUCACUAUUACCUAUGGAGCUUGAGACCUCCAACGGGGACACGUACCCCUCACCAACUGCAAUGCAAGUGGCCCGUGCCGAUGUGGAGUACAGUGGCGAGCUUCUACUCAGUAGCCAGGAGCAGAUCCUAGACUCUUCAGCAGAAACUGGUUUCUCAGCAGGGCCUGAGUCAUAUUCAGCCCCUAUCACCCCUGGCUACCCCACUGUCACUCAGUCUACCAGCAUAAAGAGCCUCUCCACCACCCAUGAACUCCUGUACGUAGCCAGUUUAGAUGAGGAUUUCCUGGAAAACCAGACCACCAAGACUCCCUCACAGUCUACGGUGGGCACGAGCCAUCCCAAGCAUGAGUUUGCACCCACCCAUCCGCCGACUCUCGGCAUCUUGCCCGAUGAAAGGGCCGUGAUGGGCAGGGCCAGGAAUGUUUCAGACGCCUGCCUGGACAACCCUUGCUUCAAUGGGGGCACCUGCGUGGAGGAGAGGUCCAAUGCCAAGUGCCUCUGUCUGCCCACCUACGGAGGGGACUUUUGCAAUAUUGAUCUGGAGCGCUGCGAAUCUGGCUGGGACAAGUUCCAUGGCUUCUGCUAUAAGCACUUUUCAAACAGGCAGAGCUGGGAGGUGGCUGAGCAGCAGUGCCGUCUGUAUGGGGCCCACCUGGUAUCCAUCAUGACCCCCGAGGAGCAGGACUUCAUCAACGGCAACUACAAAGAAUAUCAGUGGACUGGUCUAAAUGACAAAACCAUUGAAGGUGACUUCCGCUGGUCUGAUGGCAACCCGUUGCUGUAUGAGAACUGGUACAAGGAGCAGCCCGAUAGCUACUUUCUGUCUGGGGAGGAUUGUGUGGUGAUGGUGUGGCAUGAUGGCGGGCGCUGGAGUGACGUACCCUGCAACUAUCACCUCUCCUACACCUGCAAGAAGGGCACCUCCUACUGUGGCGCACCCCCUGCCGUCCGUCACGCUCGGAUCUUCAGCAAGCUGCGGACGCGCUACGAGACCAACGUGCCGGUGCGCUACUACUGCGUGAGCGGCUUUCAGCAGAAGCACAACCCCGUUAUCCGGUGUCUGCCCAGCGGCAAGUGGGAGGAGCCUCAGAUCCGCUGUAUCCCUGAGCUAGUGAACUUCAUCAGGGGAGAAGAGGUCACAGCAUCCCCUCUUGGCAGUAAGGAGGUGGUCACAGAGGACAAGGUCACAAAGAAACGCAAGCAGUUCUGGGACAUCAGGUUUAAUUUUUGACCUGAUUGGGCUCUCUUUUCACCAAGCUCCUGCCCCAAGGACAGGUCAAGUGCCCAAAAUGGACUUCUGUUUCUAAACUAAUUCUUCUCAAAGACCUUUUUUCUUCAUUACUUCCUCCCCACAAAUUCCACCGCUUCCUUACAGUCACUCAAUAGACCCACAUCAGAGUUCCACUGACGUUCUAAUGUUAAGGUCCAUUAAAUACAGAACCGUGGCUGGCAGACUGUUAACCGUUUUUUUUUUUUUUUUUCCUCAGGUUGGCACUCUGUUUGUUUACGAUAUGCCAUUUUUGCUUUCCUGUGAACCGUGACCCAACUCAUGGUUUCACAAAUGUUUAUAUUUACACAUCUCUGACCUUGUGGUUAGUGUGCUUAGACUGAUUUCCAAUCUUCAGACUGACAUUCUGUGUGGUUCGUUCAUUCAAGGACUGAGCGUUAAAGAGAGGAAUUUAAAUGUCCUCUAAUGAAUACAGCCUUAAAAAUUAAUCAUUUUGGUCUUUAAUCAUCAAAUCAUGAACAUCUCAAAACUGGGUCAAACUCUGAACCUCAAAAAUGCACCACAAACCUUCAAGGUUUAGAAUGCAGAGGGUAAAUAUGAAGCAGUUACCUGACCUGUAUAACCUGACUGUGUAUUUUUGGACCUUAAUGUUAAGUUGUACUAAACUUGUGUUCAGCUGGUCUGAUAUGUCGUGAGAACAAGUUACUCUUUCAAGAGUAGAAAUGUAUGUAUUGAGACCAAGCCACACCUGACACCAGCUUUUUCAGCAUCUUUGGAUCUUCUCCAGAGCUUUUCUCCCACUUGUAGACCUCUAGUGCUCUAAUCUGGUCAUUUCUCUGCCAGGGUUCUUGUAUUUUUCCAAUCGAUGCCAACUUACCAGUUCAAAACCAGCAAUAAACCUUCCCCAGAACAGCGGUACUGAUCCUUUGGUUUGUGCGUUUGAUGGCUUAUGACUCCAAAGCAAAUUUUUUCAAAAAUUCCAUUUAACACACAUAAAAACUCUUCUCCAUUUAGAACUUUUACUCCUUUUUUGCAGACGUAAUUAACAGCAUAGCAUGUUCUUUAGUACUAACUUUAUAGGGCAGAAUUACCCCUCACUAAAUGUUGAAUUCAGUCAAACUCUUUGUUAGCAGUUUUCCAUAAAGUGGCUUUUUAUUACUGACACAGUUCUAUGGAAAUCUUUAUGUUGUAAUAAAGUUUCGUAGAAUUAAGUAACUAUUUUCGUUAACACAGAGUAACCACUUCAUUCUUGUAGGGUGUUUCAUUUAGCAUUUUGUGGAGGCAUUUUGAAUUGUAAAUACAGGAGUAACUGUCAAUUGCAAUUUGCAUCCAAACAGUGGGGAAAAAUAUAAAAACCAAUUCUGCCACAGGAUGUAAUUUUGUAUUAAUAGCACAAGAAAACUGGAUUAUUGAAUUUGAAUAAAAAUGAC